AUGGCAGCAAUUUAUAGUCUUUACAUCAUCAAUAAGUCUGGUGGAUUGAUCUACUAUAAGGAUUAUGGGUCAGCUGGACGAAUGGAUACCAAUGAUACCUUACGAGUUGCUAGCUUAUGGCAUUCAAUGCAUGCCAUCUCUCAGCAGUUAUCACCAGUGUCAGGUUGUUCAGGAAUUGAACUACUCCAAGCUGACACAUUUGAUCUUCAUUGCUUCCAAUCCCUAACAGGGACAAAGUUUUUUGCAGUGUGUGAGCCUGGCACUCAACAAAUAGAAAGUUUAUUGAAAUUUGUGUACGAAUUGUAUACGGACUAUGUUUUGAAGAACCCCUUCUAUGAGAUAGAGAUGCCUAUUCGAUGUGAGCUGUUUGAUAUCAUCCUAACUCAGUCAGUACAAAAGGAUCGUGUUGCGCUGCUGGGUCAAUAA